AUGGCUACUUCGGAACUGCAGACAAUUACCUACAAGAAAGUCGGCCAGCUUCAUAUACAGCUGGACUUAACACUGCCUCCUAAUGCUUAUAAAGUACCAGUCCUUCUUUGGUUCCAUGGUGGCGGCCUUCUCCAGGGCCGACGAGAUACGAACAUCCCGCCGCAUAUGAUCCGCGGCGUAACAAAAUACAACUACGCAUUCAUCUCGUCUGAUUAUAGAUUAGCCCCUCAAGUAGGUGUCCAAGAUAUUUUGGAGGAUGUCCGAGACUGUAUAGACUUCAUCCGAACCGAGCUUGCUAAGCACACGGGCCCCGGUGUCCUGGAUACCCACCGCCUAGCAGUCUCAGGAAGCUCGGCUGGCGGUUACCUAUCACUUCUUUCUGGCCUGUAUGUCAACCCUAAACCAAAGGUCAUACUUUGCAUCUACCCAAUCACGGAUCCACUGGGGAAUUUCUUCACAACCUCCCAACUGCACACCCUGGGCGCAGCACGCACAGAACCCGCGUUAAUCGCCGAAUUCCUGGAUCCUCAAUCCGACGUAGUUGCUAACAGCGCACCCGGCGACGAGAGCAACCGGAACAAAAUGUACAACUACAUGCUGGAGAAAGCUAACCUCGCCGCUCUCCUACGUAUCGGGGCUGGAGACGAGUUCCGCAUUGCGAGGAGCAUCUUUCAGUGUGGACUACCGCCAACAUAUAUUGUGCAUCCGGAUGGAGACAAAGACGUUGGCGUUGAUCAGAGUGAUGAAGUAGUUGGUGUGAUGGUGGGGUUAAAUAUGGAGGUAGGCUACAAACGUUUGCAUGGCCUGUCUCAUUUUUUUGAUCUGGAUGAGCAAGUCCAGCUGGAGGAUAUGUACGAGUUUUUGCUUAAGCAUCUUUGA